GAUCAAUUCUGUGUUUGUGUGUGUGGUCUUGUUUAACUACUCUUUCAGGGACUAGUUACCUUGUGGGGACAAUUUCUUGGGGCCUAUAAUGUCAAGUGCUUUUUUUAGGGGGGUUAGGGCUAGAAUUAGUGUUAGGGUGGAAAUUGCAUGAAGGGUUUAAGGGGAGGGUUAAGGUCAGGGGCUAGGGAUAACACCAUUUUGAAUGGUAGUUUAUGGUCUGUCCUCAAAAGGAUACAAAAAUAAACGUGUGUGUGUGUGUGCAUGUGCUUGUGUGAGAGAGUGUGCUUGCCCUUAAGGGCUCCUGUUUGUUGGGUCAUCUGUCUACGAUGACCAGAGAGAGAUAAACAAAUGCAAUCUGUAGAAAAGAGAACUUGAACCAUUACACAUUUGCCUUCUUAUUGAUACAUCAUUCGACUGCUGGACAGACAGACAGGAUGCAUCAGGGAGCAGUGGUCGUGGUCUUGCUGGGUCUGGUGGGGGUCCUCCAGGGAGUCCCCCUGUUCUGCAAACCUCUCUACAACAAUCAGAACUUCGACCUGGACAGGUUCAUGGGAAAGUGGUAUGACGUUGCCGUAGCGAGCAACUGCCCCUUGAUUAAACAAGUGAAAGGGGAUGUGGCCAUAAGCAUCCUGGAGCUGAGGAGUAGGAGGCACGGCCAGGUCAGCACCAAACGGACGAUAUGGAGACAAGGGAAAUGCAAGCAGACAGUAGGGGAGUAUGAGCUGACCAACACACCUGGAAGAUUCACCUACCAUGUACCCAAGUGGGGAGCUGAUGUGGAAGUAAACUUGCUUCACACCGACUAUGACAAGUAUGCCAUCGUCCUCCACACAUCCACCGAGAGGGCCACAGGCAAAAGAGUCACUACCAUGAAACUCUACAGUCGAACCAAGUGGGUUGCCAAUACUUUGACUGAGGAGUUUUAUUGGUUCCUGAGAGAGCUGCACAUGAAUGCUGAAAUGGUCAUUAUCAAAAAGGACAAAGGACAGUGUCAACCAGGACAGCCGUCAAAAGAGAAACCAAAUAAAUCAGGAGAACAUAAACCAGGAAAGUCGUCAAAAGAGAAACCAACUAAAUCAAAAGAGAAACCAAAUAAAUCAGGAGAACAUAAACCAGGAAAGUCGUCAAAAGAGAAACCAAAUAAAUCAGGAGAAAAUAAACCAGGAAAGUCGUCAAAAGAGAAACCAACUAAAUCAAAAGAGAAACCAAAUAAAUCAGGAGAACAUAAACCAGGAAAGUCGUCAAAAGAGAAACCAAAUAAAUCAGGAGAAUAUAAACCAGGAAAGUCGUCAAAAGAGAAACCAAAUAAAUCAGCAGAACAUAAACCAGGAAAGUCGUCAAAAGAAACCAACUAA